AUGUCAGUUCCUCGGGUCGGUUUGGUGCUCCUUUGCGCGGUGCUGGCGGUGACUCGUGCCCGCAGGAGUUCACCGGAGCAGGAGGAUGUUCAGGAGAAAAUCAACAGCGCCAGAUGCACGUCCAGGUGCCUCACCCUGCACAUGACUCAGCUAACCGCCGCCUUCAGACACCUCCAGAGUGACCAAGUUCUGGUUUGGUGUGAAAACCACAGACGCUGUGCUCAGUGUCUUCAGCCAUGCAGAGAACUGUGGGAAACCAGGAAGGUGCUGUCUCCAAAGUCCUGUGAGAAGCAGACGGAGUGUGUGACAAGCAGGGAGUUUCUGGCCUCUCUGAGGUUGUCUCGUCAGGGUGACUGUCCUCCGCCUCAGCGAGCCACCGGAUUUGCUGCAGCCUGCGUGGAGAGCUGCUCGUCAGACCAUCAUUGUCCCUCCCCCAGAAAGUGCUGCUCCAAUGGCUGCGGACACACUUGUCAAGCGCCAGCAAAUCUAUACAAAGGUGUGCCUCUGAAGCCUCGCAGAGAGAUGAGCUUUGUCGAGGACUCAGAGGGUCAUGUGAAGGUGCUGUGGGUGUCUAAGUUCAAUGUCAGCGUGGAGCCGGUCAUUUACAUGCUUCAGUCCCGCUGGAACGUAGGCAUCCACCCCAGUGAAGACCAUGCCACGCCAUGGACUACUGUUGCCAUGACCCUGUCUGAGGAUGUGGUUCUGUCCGAUCUGAGACCUCAGCGCUGGUACCAGUUCAGAGUAGCAGCCAUCAACAGCCACGGCAGCAGAGGCUUUACAACACCAAGCAAACACUACAUCUCCAGUAAAGAUCCCGCACCUCCAGAACCUCCAAUGAACAUCAGAGUGAGCAACCAGACUUUAGAGUGGAUGAGUCCACAACCAGGGUCCCAGUUCACAGAAAGGAAAGGAGGAACUGGGGUCACAGUAGCGGUCUUAUUACGCUGGGAGCCCCCCAGAGAGGGAGACCUGCCAGUCCACAGCUACAGAGUCACAUGGAUGUCUCGACAUAUACACACAACGCACAAACACACAAGCACACUACAUGGACGCACACAUACAGCUCACCACAACAUGCACACACGGCCUACACACCCACGCACACCAGAUCAGGGCAAAAAGGAGAGCAACAGCAGAGUGACUCAGGGGGCGCAGUGUGAGUUGUGGUUGCAGGGUCUGCUGCCUGCCACCUCCUACCUCUUGUCUGUACAGACAGUGGCCUUCUGGGGUCAGAAGAGGCUGAAGAGUCCCAGGGUUCAAACUGUUUUCACUACAAUAACUCAUACAGGCGAGGACUUCUCCAAUGAGCUCCCAUCUUCCUCCUCCUCAUCUUCCUCUUCCCUUCCCUCAUCUCCUUCCCUCUCAUCCUCCUCCCCUUCUUCCUCUGAACUCCCCCUCGCCUCCUCUCAUCCGAAUCCCGAAUCCCCCCCAAACCCUGUCACCCUUGACAACCUGCGCCUGGAGGUUGCUGCCCCUCAUUACCAUGACAACCAGCUGCAGGUCAAAGUGUUCUGGAAGUGGCCUCACCACGGCAGACAGAGACACCCUGGUCCGUACAUUUUGCAGUGGCAUCCACAUACCUGCAGUACUAAUGUUACAAGCACGGAGAGAACAACAACUGUGCAGGGCACCCAUCACACCAUCACAGGUCUGUUGUUUGGCUGUAAGUACCGGGUCGCCGUGGCAAUGAAGGCUGACCCGGGGUCAGAGGCUGUUGCCUGGGUUACAACCCCGGCUUGCUCCUCCAUCAGGGUCAGAGGAGGCAAAGCUUUGCCCUGCAACACUGAGGAGCGCCUCCUGGCAGGCAGAAAGGUGGUACUGCGUCCAGAACGGCUGACAGCAGAUUUUCAACAAGUCAAUGGCACAUUACUCACUACGUUUCGCUGGAGGAUGUCCCAGCAUGCACUGGACCCAGCAGCCGUUGAGGGGUUCCAGUUCACCUGGACGCUGCAAUCAGGGGUUACCACGGCAACAGAGGGACAGGAAGACACACUUAUCUCCCAGACACAGACAAUUGCACCGUCUCAGCGGUCAGUGACAGUUCAUGGUCUUCAAGCUGACAGUGACUAUCAGCUGCAGCUCCAAGUGCUAACAGCAGGGGGCAGCAACGGCGCUGCAGUCUCCAAGACCAUACAUACUCCAGCCGUCAAUGCCACACGUUGAUAGGCCCCGAACCCAACAGCUGCCACUGACUGCUGCACCACGAUCAUCUUUACCAACAUCCACUUCUCUACUGCUUUCCACUGUUUAAAAUGGUGUCACUGCGGAUUGAGUGCAGGCAAUUUGAACCAAAGCUGUAAAAUAAAAGUUCCCCUGCGUAAAGUAGAUUCUCAUAUCAAAGGUAUUUCCUACUCUGGUAGUUCCUCUUUCACUUUAAUCAUUUCAUCAAACAUCAGGAAGACUGUAAUCUUGCUCUUAUGGAAAAAAAUAUUUGCCUUUCAGUCAUUAAUCUGUCAUCUGAUCCAAAGGUUGCAGCCUUACUGAUUUGUAGAAUUUACAAAAUGAACUGUUCCUGUACAUGGUGCCAGUUUAAAAAGCACUAAGUAUUUACAGUUUGUCUUGGCAGUGAAAUGCGUAUCCUAAACCAUAUUUCCUCAUUUUUUUUAAUAAAACUGCAGCAUUUUACCAAUGAUUCCUCUUGGCAUUAGUACCACAGUGCCACAGGAUCGCGAGACAUAUAUGUGAAAAGUGAGGCUCCUCGCACAGCGGCAUCUGUACAUGUUCGGUGGGACUAAUGAAGUCCGAUCACCUGACAUCACUGGAGCCAAUAGACACUUGUAAAGAGACGUAUUAUGCCUAUUGUUUUUGAUCAUGCUAGUAGAGAAUAAUGUAGCACUGAUCUUAUGUACAAAUAGUAAUGUAUAGCAACAGACUGUGCUUAUUGCAGUGCAUAAUCUGCUGCAUUAUCUUUAAAGCGAGUGGGUCUGUGCAGAUGUCUUGAAGUAAGCUCAAAUAUUUUCAUAUUUUGUUCAUAUGUUUAAAGAACUGUAGAAUUUGCUUGUUUGAUAUAUUUUGGGCCUUGUGCAGCGUUAGUUUACAUUAUGUUACACCCAUUUCACUACACAAUGAUAUGUGACAUUUUAGCACAGUUAAUAUUGUUAAUAUUGCUAUACCUGUGGUAGGUUUCUUUGUUUUACAAAAGUCAUGUCAUUGCUUUGAAAGGGUUGGGAACUACUGGUGUUAAGCAACCAGUAAUUAUGUUAAUAUUCUCUUUAUGUAA